UGCCUUGCGUUCCACGAUAUUUCACCCCAAGCUCCAACACAUUUCCUAGUGAUCCCUAAGAAGCCAAUUGUCAGGUUAUCUGAAGCAGAAGAUUCUGAUGAAUCUCUUCUUGGGCAUUUAAUGAUUGUUGGCAAGAAGUGUGCUGCUAACCUGGGCCUGACGAAUGGAUUCCGGAUGGUUGUGAAUGAAGGGCCUGAGGGUGGGCAGUCUGUCUAUCACGUGCAUCUCCAUGUUCUGGGUGGUCGUCAGUUGGGCUGGCCUCCUGGCUAAGAUGUUUACACCACAACAGUUAACUGCAUGCAUACAAAUUUCCACCAAAUAGAUUUAAUGUGUUGCCCAUCAAUCUAGCCACUGUUAAUGUAUUUUUUUUUGUAUGUGUGUCUAUGGAGGGUAAUAAAUGCUCUCAACAACAUUCGCACAAUAAAGAUCUUAGCUUGUGGGAAUCA